AUGAAUUCCUCAAGUGCUUCGGACAAUGUGACCAGUAAUGUAGCAACAACAACAACAACGGAUUCUCAAACUGUUGUACUGUCUGCUGCGUCUUCCUCUAAUGAUGGGGGUAAUGGAAUGCCGAAAAUGUCGAAUGCCAGAGAAAUUCUUAAUAAUGAUGUUGAAAUGCCUAAGGGGGGCAGACGUCUUAUACGUACCAUACGACCCAUUGAUGUUCGAAAAUUACAACAAUCUGGUUUAGAUCGUAAAAUUGCAGAGGUCUUAAGUAAACAAAAGAAGCUGGGUAAUGGAAAUACAACAACAACAAUUACAAAAACAACAACUGGAACAACACCAAAACCCCUAAUUAAUACAAGCUCUAGUAGCAGUACCACCAACAACAACACACUAAAUGUGCCUUCGAUUCCCAAAAAUAAUGUAAAACCCCAUGGCUCUACAACAACAGCACCAACAAGUGGUGGAGUAGGAUCUACAACAGCUAGUACAUCUGCUUCAGCUUCCAGUGCUCCUCCUCCAUCAUCAUCGUCCACACCAACACCAUAUAUUUUAAAUCCCACAACCCGGAUGCCGGAUAAAAAUUCCCUAACACUUUCUGGUCAAAAAUCGAUUAUCAUCAAACCAAUAAUACCACCAAAAAUUACCAUUACCGCUCCGGAGGCCACAUCGCCCAGCCUUGAGAUGGCGCCCAAGCUACCAACUGCAAAUGAUGUGGCCGUAGCUGCCGCUGCCGAACAGCGUAUGAAACAUGUCAAAAGUCUAUUACAUCAAAAGUUAAUGCAGCGACAGCAGAAUUCCGCAACACCACCCGGCCUACAAUCAUCACCAUCACCACCCUCAUUUUUUAUCAAUGAAAAGGGACAAAAACAGUAUGCACAUCUAAAGCCGCCGGCCAAUGAGACGACAUCUCCACCUCCUAUCAUUUUAAAUAAAUCGAAAAGUAAUCGGCAAACUUCGGAUGGAUCUCCAAGAGAUCAGCAACAACAAAAAUUACCCACAAAAAUAUUUAUUCAUAAUAGUAAUUCAACACACCUGCUGAAACCGCAAAGAGGAGGAGGAGGUGCUGGUGGUCUCAAUUCACCUCUACAAACCAAGCCUUAUAAUAUGAGUCCUCACGGCCAUCAUCAUCUUCCUGGCAAUCAAUGGGGUGGUUCGACACCAAAUUUAUAUCAAAAAUCUGCAAAUCAUGGUGGAGGCACCUUCUCUCCAAUUGUGGGAGAGUCGGCAAAAUCGGCCAGCAAUCAAUAUGAAUCGGGAUAUUACAGACAAUCCCAAGGGAAUAUGCCAGUAGCGAAUUUCCAUCAGCAGCUCCCCAUACGUCCACAACAAUCAUACCAACAACAACCUCAGUGGACCUCGGGUGGUGUUACAUUCCAGGAUAAUCGCAAUCAAACCUCAAGCCCCUACUAUCAUCUGCCAACCUCCACACAUAAUAUGGCAAAUCCGACUCUACAUAAAGCCAUGUCUUAUCCGUCUCUCAAUCAAAUGGCAAAUUAUGCCAUCAACAAUGCCAUCAACAAUUCAAACACCGAGAAAUAUAAUCCGCCAACCAUGAUGUCCUCGAUGCCAAUGGAAUCCUCUAACCACCCCCAAACCCUACCAACAAAUCAUCGCCUAAUUAAUGCUUUAAAUAUAAAUAAUAAAAAUUUACUACAAUCACCCUAUGGCGGUGGAGUGAAUAAAAAUUCCGCAGCCGAACCUUCGACCCCAAAUACUCCAAAAUUGCCAACAAAACCAAAGACACCACAAAAAUCACCACAGGAUAUUGCAAGGAAAUUGGAUUUUGAUAAUCAGCAGACCCCUAUAAGGAUACCACAAUAUAAUCCGCCAGGGAAUUUGAAUGCCGAUAAUGGUGGGGAAAUUCCCCCCAAGGCCUCGGUGAAACCCUUACAGGGCCAUGUUGCAAUAGUAAAACAAACGGAGGCCUCAACACCACCAGGUCGCAAUCGGAUUGUUAUACCCGAUGUAUCACCGCUGAAGACACCCUUUCCCACAGCAAAUCUGCCGCAGGAGGCACCCUUGCCCACCAUCGAUACCUUUAAGAAGCCCUAUCCAACAAAUCACAAUUAUUUCCAGCUGAAUACGGGCCAUAUUUCCAUAAGCUAUCCCAGCAGCAGCACCACCACCACCAUUACAGCUCUUCCAGAACCCCAGCAGCAGCAUCAACCGGAAAACAACCUUAUCACAAUACCCUCAUCUUCGUCUCCUCCCAACCAGAUGGCUCCAAACUCUUUAAUUGUUUUGGAAAAUAAGGUUCUCUCCCAGGAUGAAAUGAUUGAUCUGACAGCCCUCAGGUUAUCCACCACCUCCAACACGAAUCAACGUUUUGCCCGGCCCCACAAACCCAUACCAGAGGUGGUAAUAAAACAGGAAAAUCCUGAUGAUACGGAAACCACAAAUACGCCAGCUAAUGAGGAUGCAGCUGCAGCUGUGGAGCAAAAACCCUCUCCCAUAAUUCAAACCCAAAGUAAUCAACGAGGCAUGGUCCUAAUAUCCUCCCGACAGAACAAAAAAAUCAUUGUUAAUGCCUCCAAACUGCAGCUGCCGCCGGAGAAAAUUGCCGAUUUGGCCAAAAUUAUUGCCCAAAAGGCAGUCAACAAGUCAUCAGGAGGAGGUUCAGGUGGCACAAUUCAAAAUUUAAAAUCUCCUGGAGGUGGAGGAGGAGUGUUUUCCCAAUCACCCUCUAAACAGCAAAACAAAAAUCUUGCAGGGCAGAAAGUCUAUCUCAUUGUUAAAAAAGACACUGGGCAGCAGGCUUCUGCCUUGGAACAAAAACCCAACAAAUCUUCAGCAGAUAUUGCCUCCAACCUCUCAACAACCUCCCAGCAAUCGACCAAGGAACCACCACCGAUGCUUGAAAUAAAAAAGGAGAUACCUCCUCCCACCAAACUAUCCUAUACCCCCACAAAAUAUCUAAAGCCAGCUGUGGAAAUAAUUGACGAACCCAGCGAUGAUGAUGAUGACGGUGACGGUGAUGCUGAUGGUGGUGGUGAGCAGAACAACUUUUCAGCUGUCGAUUUUAUUGCCUCACUGGCCCAAAGUAAUCCCAUUACCGAAGAGACCCAAUUGGAAUUAUCCCCAGAGGAAUUAAAUUUGAAUGCCUCAUGUGCCAUGAAUUUAUCGCCCUUACGAAUACCACCACCUUCGCCACAACGUAGACGUACUUUUAGCAGCUCCUCCGUGUCACAAUUUACAAUACCCGGGGCUGAGAAUGUUCAAUCGCACAGGGUGAGAAAAAAUUCCGCCAUGGAUAUUGGUAAAAUUGUUACAAUGCCACAAUAUCCUCAUGCUCCAGAUGAUGCGGAUUCUUCGACCAUACCCAUGGUGGAUACCAUAAUCAUCGAAAGUUCCAAAGGUCGGGAUGUUCUAAGAAAAUCGGUGGAUGGUGAGAUUUUGAAAGCUGCCAAAUAUCAAGAGGAUUUGUGGUCGUAUCACAACCGAGAACCUUUGGCGGAAUCUCCAAAAUUGUCACCACGAAAAUCCCUUACAACCGGUAAUUCAACCCCUAAGGAAUCGAAGGAAAGAUUACCACAAAUAAAAAUUGUCUCCCCCUCCAAAUUAUCGCCCAUCAAGAAAUUGUCAGCCUCCCAGCUCAUGGAUUUAAAUUUUCGAGAACUUCCAAGGCACGAAGGAAAUUUCAAUGGAAAUUUGCACGAACCUGUUCAGCAGAUUUUCAAUAACAUAACCUCACAAAAUAGUUUUUCAAAUCAUUCCAUAAUGCCCACCAAUACACCAGCGAUGGACUCUUGGGCGAAAGGAGAAAUCUGUCAGAUACCAGGUUAUCUAAAAGAUUUAUCAGUGACUAGGGUGAGAACGAUCUCAAAAGAUCAGGAACAACUUCGAAAUGUCUCUUCCCAACAUAAUACCCCUAACACGAGGGCGGAGAAAAUGAAUCAGGAACCUUAUUCAAACCUUUCCACGGAACCUCUAGUCAGCAGAGGAGUAGAAAUAACUAUUUCAAGGGAUAUGGAAAUGGCGGAUCACAUGAAAGGAGUUCGAAUGCCCAUUACGAAUCAGCAACAACAGUUUAGAGAUAUUGUGGAAACAUCUGUUAUCCCGAUACGAGAUAAAAUUGCCAGCCAGAAAUCUGAAGCAGAAGUUUCAGAUCCCCAUAAAGAAGAAAAAAUUGUCACAAAGAAUCAGCAACAACUUCGAAAUAUUUCAAUGGAUAUAGAAACCACACCAGGACCCAAGAAAACUCCCCAGAAAAUUGCAUCAUCAAAGGAUCCCCAUAAUCCGGAAAAUAUUUCAAGAACUUCUUCAAUGCGAACAUCAGAACCCUCUGAGGAAAACAUGAUAAUCUCAAGGGACCAAGAACGGAUUUUUGUACCCAUUGAAGGUGCUACGGGAACUUCGGAACCCAAUAAGCAAGCACAAGCAACAACCUCAAUGGAACAACAUAAAAUUGGAAACAUUCCCGAGUUUAUGGGAACUUCGAAAGCCAAAAAACAGGGUGAAACGACCUCUUCCGAUCACAAUAAAGAGGAGCAAAUAAUUUCAAAUGAAUCCCAAUCGAAGGCAAGCCUCCUUCCCAAAGAAGAAAGCAGUACCACCGAAUCCUCCCACCAAAAAAAGAAAGAUUUGAAAUCGAUUUUGAAAGUUACCACCACGACGGAAGCUGCAGCUGAAACAACAGGUCCAAAAGCGGGAGAUUUUUUGCCCGGUGAUGAUAUAUCAAAUUCAUCCUCAUCCGAUGGAAGUGUAAAACAAACUACAACAUGCCAAAUCAUCAACCCGAAUCAGGAUGAGCAGAUGUCCUCGAAAGCAAAUGAAACGGUGAACCCUACUCCGGUGGUUUCGAAACGUAUAUCUCGCUUUAAGAAGGGUAAAAUAAAUUUGGUGCAACGUAAUAAACCCGCAGGAGGAGGAAGGGGUGCGGCUGCUGCUGGAGGAGGAAAAUCGCAAAAAGAUGCGACAGCUCCCCCGUCUUCUCAGGACAAGAAGCGGCAAGAAGGAAUUCUUUCUGCAGAUUCUUUGAAAAAGAAUGCCGAAGCGAUUGAAAUAAUUGAAGGUUCUACGGAUAUUACAGGAGAAGGAAAUACAACAACAAUUUCCUCCUCAUCUCCAAAGAAGAUUGAAGAAAAAGAAAAUGAAAGAGAGACUAAUAAAAAUGCGAGUAACACGGAAAAAAUCGUAACCUCCAAAAGGGAAGAGAACACCGAAAGUCAAAAUGAGAUGGUGGAAAGCUGCUACUCAGUGUCUGUGGGAGCCGUAGAAGACAAUGAAAUACAAGUGUGCGAAAUAACAAGAGAGGAAAAUGAAGAAAGUACAGCUCCACCUCCUCCUUCUGGAGAGAGUACCAGUUCUCCUUUGGAUUCCAAAGAAAUAAGCAAAGAAACAAUGGAUAAGGCAAGCGGACAAUCAGAGCAAGAGGAUAAAGGUGAACAAUUAAGCCAUCAGUCGGCUGAAGAAGUCAGAGCCGCAAAAUCAUCCCAAGAAAUGCCUCAAGAUGUAACAGAACAACAAUUGGCAGGAGGAUCAAUAAGUUUAUUCGAAGUGACAACACUUUCUCGAGAUAAGCGACCAAAAAUAGAUACACCUAUUGAAGAAAGGCCUCAUGAUGAUAGCCAGAUAAUAGCACCAACCAUGGAAGAAGUAAAGUCUCAAGAUGACCAACAACAAUCACAACCGGAAGAGGGAUCUUCAAGUCUGUUCGAUGCAGCAACUCUUUCUCAAGAUAGCCACAGCACUACUGAAACAUUUAUGAAAGAAACAGAAGUCAUUGCCCCCAGGUCCACCACCUUCCAAAAUAAUGAAAUAUCCAUGAAAGGUAGGGAAGAGGUCCCUUCAAGCAGUUCUAAUCUUCAUGAAGAACCUUCAGCAAAUUCAAAGGUCUCCAAUGAAAUGAAGCUAAUAGAAAAGGGAUUGCAAAUGCCCCUACAAGGUUCAGCAACUUCAGAUGAAUUGGAAGGAAUUGUCAUUCCAACAACAACAAAUUUGAUGGAAUCAAUCACCAAUGAUCAGGUUGGAUUAGCAACAGAACCAAAUACCUCUUCCGAUUGUAAUUUUUUCUCAACAAAUUUGAAGGAGUCUCAUAAAUCCUUUGCAACACCAACUCCCUCACAAGGUUCCCAAAGUCAUCCUCCCCUCAACACGAUGAAAUCAUCUCCGGAAUCCUUUGAAAAUUCUGCUGCCGAGCCACUACUGAAUACAACAGAAAAGAUCAUGGAUGGUUCUACCACAAUUGCCGAACACAAUUCUACCAAACCUCAAAAAGAAAACCAGUCAACAUUCGAAGAAACAAUCGAUACUCCGGCUAAUGCAGAGGGUGAAUCCUCUCCUAUGGACUCCACCUUAAAACCCCUGGAAAACAUUAAAGCCACCGAAUGCCUGGAGGUCAUAACAAAGCCAGAGGCCGUAAAAAUGACACCCGCAUGUCCAAAAGAAAAUAAUUUCAAUGAGGACAUUUGCCCCAGCUCUCAAGAGGUUUCUGUGGAAUCAAAUGCCGGUCAAAUAACAACAUCAACCGUAGAACAAAGUUCCCUUGAUAAAAAUACCUCAGCAGUAGAACCUUCGGCACAAGAAAUUGCUGAAGUUUCCCUUGAUCAUAAUAGCUCUCAAAUACCAGAGAAGAAUCUUACUUCUGGGCCCGGUUGUUGUGUACCUAAGAAAAUCUGCAAUGAAAAUCUAACUGCUAUGGACUGUGGGGUAGCUAAAAUUUCUAAUGAAUUUUCUAAGGAAACCCCCUCUGGAUCGGCUGUAAAGGAAACAUCCCAAGAAAAUCGAAGUUCCCUCUAUGCUGGAACGACGACUAUUGAUGGUGAUGUUGGCAGAGAAGUCAUGGACAUGGAAACCACAAAUAAACCUGAAAGUUACCUUCAAAAGGAGACUCUUGGGGAGGAUAAUCAUGUCAGCGAAUCUAUGGAUUGUAGAGUAAUCAAAAGUAAAGACGGAUACUGUCUUCAAAGUGAGACUCCGGAGGAGGAUAAUAAUAAUUGUUGUUCCAAGGCAACGGGAAUAAGGGAAGCUCACGCAAAACCCUCUCAAAAUUUCCUCGAGGAAAAUCACUCCCAUCAUUUGGAGAACUUGUCUUCAAGAUCUCAAACCUCUGAGGAGUUACCAGAGAUAUCUUCUUCGGAGCAAACUGAGAAAUCUGUUGAAGAUUCUGCGGAGGGACAGAUUAGGGAACCAUCCAAUGAAUUCGUGAUGAACAAAUCUCUACAAGAAACUCAUUCCAAGUCCAUGGAUUUCGAUGCCCUAAAGCCUUCAAAAACAACUUCAAAUGAAACUCCAAUGUCUUUGCCGGAAAACCCAACCAAAGAUAUUAUGGAGAACUCAACUCCAGGUAGCAGCAGUUCCAUUUCCAAAGUUUCAUCGGAAACUUCAAAAUCUUCAAACCGCAGAGAUGGGAAAAAUAAAUCUUUGCAGGAAACAUCACAAACACCAGCCACUCAUAAUCCGCUAAGCAAAGAAUUCGAGGACAAAACUUUUGAGGACAGACCAGAAACUUCAAAGGAAACUUCUCCAUCUUGCAAUAAUUCUCCAGAUAAUAUUCCAAAGUCCUCAAAAACAAAGGAAAUGACGGAGAACCCCUUGGAUGCCUCUCCAAAGUCCCUGCCUUUACCCAAAGAACUGCAAAAGGCCCAGGUUUCACUUAUCGACAUUGUUAAGAACCCGCCACCCAUAGAGAAAAUUCCAACAGUUCCAAAAAUACCUUUCAAAAGACCCCCUCCCACCAGCACCAGGGACAGAUUGGAACAAAUUCGGGGCAUACGAAAUCUACUAAAUAAAAUUAAGAAACCCGAAGAAAAGCAGCCAACGGGAUCAGCGACGGAAAAUCACCACCAUGAUGAUGAUGAUGAUGGAGGCCAGGAAAAGAAACCCAAAGAACAGCAGCCACAACACCAACCACAUUCCAUAAUAAAUGUAAAAAAAUUAAGUGAGCUAACGGAGGAGGUUAGCACAGAUUCAGAUAGCCCGGCACAGAGUCGGGACAACACCACGACGGUAUCUGAUGGGGUGACGGAAGUUGCAACCUUACCAAGUCCAAUUGGUCGCCGAAGAUCUACACGUUUGGGUGUGUUCAAUUCUCAUGAGGAGCCCAAAGAAGAUAGGGUAAUAAAAUCUGCCAAAAAUCAAAAUCUUCCUUUAGGCGUUGGAUCACCUUUGCCGCCACCGCCAGAUGAUAGUCCCACAAAAGAUAAAGAAAAUCAUCAAUUACCAAAAGUGACCCGGAAAACAAGGCGCUCCACUUCCAAGGCGGCUGAAAAUCCCAAUCAGAGCAAAGAUUCUAAGGUUCGGCAAGGGGAGGAUGGCAUCGACGACCUUCAGAAAGGAAACAAUGUUAUUGCCACGGCAAGGAGGACAAGACACUCCUCUACCAAAGCAGUGGAAAAUCUGGGUGAGGUGGCACAGCAACAAACCAAAGAAUCGAGGGUUCGAGAAAAGGAGGAGGAUGAAGUCAGUCCCGCCAAAAAUAAAGAAAAUCUAAGGUCAAGGAGAACGAGAUACUCCUCUUCGAAAGCUGCAGAGAAAUUGACGAAUGUGCCAACGGAACAGCAACAAACCAAAGAAUCCAAGGUUUCCAAGGAAGACGAAGAUCAUUUGCAAAACAAACGAACCCGAUACGCAUCUAAGCAGCAAUUGGAGGACCCACAGUCACUCUUUGAUAAGUUGAAAGCCCCUUCAUCCUCUUCCCGCCACCUUAAACGUAAUCAUUUAUCCUCCGAGAAUCCAUCAUCUUCUAUGGAUAUUAGUGGUGCGGAUUCUUGUCAGGAUAGCCAAACAGAAUAUACCCGACCCGCCAGUACAAGUCCACGUAAGAGGCUGCGAAAGACCCUGGAAGAUAUUAAGAAGUCCCAUAAAAAUCCCACCAGUGAUUCGGAAGAUGAGGUGAGGGAUUUUGAGGCCAUCGCAAAUGGCUAUGUGGACCAGGAUGAUGAAGAUAGUGCAGGUGGUGGUGAUCACGAUCCAAGUCCUAGUGAUUUCUUAGGUUUCGAAGAUAAUUCCAUGGGUUCGCACAAAUGUAAAACUCCCGAUAUUGCUGGCGAGGGGGAUGUGCAGAACUCAUCACCCACCAAGGCAUCUACCACCAAAGGUGGUACCUUGAAAAAUUGGCUAACCACCGGUAAGGCUAUAUCACCAACGUCCCACAGUAAACAGAGCAUGGCAACGCGGCAGCGUCAUCGUUCCAUGCCAUUGAAAAAACGUUGGGAGCUAAAUGAAAAAUCAUGCCGCGAUGAGACUGAUAUAACCGAUGACAGUACACCGGUCAAUGAUGAUGAAGAGGAGGAGGAGGAGGCGGACGAGGUGAGGGAGACCUCUAAACGGCCUUUAAAAACUGUGAUUGAUAGCUCUAAGAAUUUACCAGAUACCAAGAGAAGGAAGCGGGAUAAUGACAGGCUCGAGGUUCCUGCAACAACAAAAGUUUGUCCGGAACCCAUAUCGACGUUGAUAUCAAAGAAAAUCGAUAUUAAUAAAAUAUCCGAAACUGAUUCAGAUACCCCAGUUACCAUGUCGAAAAGAUCGAAAAGGCCUCGAAGACGUUUGAUUUCCGAUGACUUUGAUAAUCAAACAAAAAAUACCCCAGCAGAACCAGAGGAAAAGCGAACCGGGACAAGGAGUCAAAAAAAUGCUACCAAAGAAGAGACAAGAUCACAGGAUGAAGUCAAUGAAACCUCCGCUAAUGUAGAGGAAAAUCCUGCAGAUCUUCUAACAUCUAUAACCUCGAAAAGAAAACGGAUUAAGAAGCAGGAUGAUGCUGAGGAUACACCUACAACCACAACCUCCUCAAGGUCGGCACGGCAGAACAAAACAAGAGAAGAAGAAAAACCAAGAGAUGAAACUUACCUGCCUCCUCCUGCAGAUUCAGUGACCCCCAAUGCCCCUGAAGUCUCCAAAUCCGUGGAAAUUCACGAAGAACUUCUCACACCCAUGGCCAGCAAAAGACGGCGUAUUAAGAAUCCAAAAUUCGAUGAUGAUACACCCACAACCACAACUUCCUCCAGAUUACGGCAGAAUAAAAAAGAACCCGAAGAAGCAGCUCCGCCGACUCCAAUAAUCCCUCCUCAAACAAUUGAAAAUCUUAACGCAGAGCAAUCUGAAUCAGAUUUUGCAACACCCAAACCAAAAGGAAAGCGUGGUCGGAAAAAGAAGAUACCCAACGAAUUAGAUGCAGCUCAAACUCCCGAAACACCCAUCACAAAUAUAGAAUCCUAUUCCGCAUUAACACCCGCAUCCGGUAGCCGAACAAUGACCAAGGAGAAGAUAAUUGAAAAUCAAUUUAAUCCUCGUCUAUUACUGAUUACCAAACGCGAACAAUUGAAUAGCGAUACGGUACUAACACAUGAUUCAAGAUCCUCCGCGGGGCCAAUACAAUGUGGCCUUUGUUUGCAGCGAAUCACCGAAGCGAAAUGGAUAAUGCAUUUGUCACAGCAUUAUGGUGUUGGCUGGAAGAUGGGCGAGCCGGAAGUGGAUAUCUCCAAUCGUUCGACAGUUUUAAGUGUCAUCAUAAAUUUUCUACGCGAUACCGAAAUAAAGGGGUUAGCUUGUCGCAUUUGUAAUCGACUCUAUCGUUCCGGUUUGGGUCUGCUGACGCACAUUGAAAAUUGUGGUGGCGAGGCACAACGUGCCGACUGUGAAUAUUGUCAUCGUAAUUAUGCCCUAAGUACUCUGAACAUACAUCUGCGAUCAUGUCCGGAAAGGUAUAAACAAUUGAAACAAAACGAAGCGAUGUCCGAAACAAAUGACGAAGCUUCGCAGGGCGAACAAGAACAAGUUUUAAGUGUUACGGGACGGGCGAAACGUCACUCGACCAUUAAGGCUGAAACGAAAAUCAAAAAACUGGGAGCUGAGAUCUCCAAUAGUGUCGAUGAAAAAGGUGAUUUUAAUCCGCAGAAUCACAUUCGUCAUACAGCCGUCUUGGGUGAGGAGGUGCGUGAGAAGUGGCGUGAUGAUAUAAAGAAAUUCGCCAAGGCAUUUUGUCCGGGAAAAAUGUGUCAAUACACCAGUGAUAAAAUUGAACAACUAGAGGAACAUAUUCCGAACUGUCGUUUUCUACCAAAAUCUGGUUAUUAUUGUACAAUGUGUAAGCGGUCGAAAUGUUUUGUAACGGAAAAGGAAGCAAUUUCUCAUGUAAAUACCACACAUCGCACCAAAGAAGAUUUUUCUCUUUCCGAUUCGGAUUGUAAUAUAAAAACCGAUGAUGAACAAUCAUCGGAUGAUGAUCUGCUUUCGGAUGCCGUAGAAGAAGAUGAAAAUGAAUUAAAUGAUGUCGAUGAAGAAGCGUCAGAGGAGGAGGUUAAGAGUACUACGGCGACGAAGAAGAAGAAAUCCAGAAAAUCUAGACCCAAUACAAGGCCUAUGCCCACGGGUGGAAUAUACCGUAAAAGAGUUUUUGACAAGCGUAGUCGAGAUGGCACAAACAAGAUUAUUUUGGAUAAAUGGUUAAAUUUCACAAAUUUAAAUUAUACCACAAAUCCGCUGUUUGCAAAUUUCAAACCCCAUUAUUCGUUGCUCGAAAAUGGCGAAUGGGAAAAAUAUUUACCUCAACAAAGUCGGUCAAUGAAAUUUGCCAUGUCCAAGGAAAAGAAAUUAUCAACCACAAUCGGUUUGAAUACCGGCCGUAAUGAAGAUUGGCAGCAAAUUGAGCGGUUUCAAAAUUUCCAACAUGAAGCCGAAUCCUUUUGCUUUGCGGGUGCCCCCAUCGUAAGCUCUUCAUGGGUCCCACUGCCCAAUGAUGUCAGGGAACAAUAUCUGCUGAUUGCCUAUCGUCGGGAUAUGUUUAAAUUUACCAAAUAUCAAAAUCCCAAACGCGUCAAGACCACUUUGGUGUUAUUUAAAGUCAACCAAACUAAGGUGCAGGGCAGCAAAAGGCGGAUACCACAAAUUAAACUACAUUAUGUCAUUGCCAUAGCUGAUGGUCCGGUCUACAAUGUGGCAUUUUUACCUAGUGGUGGCUAUAGUGUGCCAGAAAAUCGUUUGGCUUUGGUUGCGGUGGCCACAGCGGGCAGUAAUAUAAACAUCUAUUCGUUACCUAUUGAGGUGGUCCCACAAUCGGAAGAGAUUUCAAAUGUCAUACCGAUUAUUGAACCCAAACCAUGUUUUGAAUUAAUGUUGGACAUCAUUAGCCAGGAUAAUAAUCCACAGGAUCAUGUGCUAAUGAAUACCCAAUGUUUGCAGAUAGUUUGGUCGGAGUAUUCUGGUCACAAUCACAUUUUUGCAAGCUAUUCCAAUGGCUGUAUGGCGAUGUGGGAUAUCAGUGAUGAUGCCCAGGAAAAUCUGAAUCGUUUCGAAGUAAAUGGUCUUAUACAAUAUGCUCCGAUUAAUUAUUUUUAUGUUGGAGAAAAGGGCAUACGAUAUUUUGCCAUACACUAUGACUCCCUUGGUCCCCGCUGGCUGGCCCUUAAUUGCUUUUGUCGUAAAUUUAUUAUUUACGAUAUUCGGAAUGUCAGUUUACCCAUACCGCUGAAAGAAGAUUAUGCCAAAAAUGUGGUGCGUGGCUUAGAAUGGUGUCCAUUGUGGGAGCCAAUUAUGGUGGCCUAUUGUGAUUCAAUACCAAAUAAUGGUCGUGCCGUUUUGCUCAUCAAUCCCACCAAUAUUAUGGCUCAACAACAAAAACUCGAUUUUGUGGUUAGUGCUGUUACGGCGAUCCAUUAUAAUCCAUGGAUAAAUUUAUGCAUCGAAUCGGUGGAUAAUGGUGAUCUGGUAUUUAUGGAUUGUCGUGAAAUACAUUAUGAACAUGUGUUGGGUAGGAAAUUUGGUGAACGUCGUAUCCUCUCAUCGAUGGAUAUACGACAAUUGAAUGGUAAACCCUUGCAGCGUCUAACGGACAUUAAGGAAAAUGAAAAAUCCGAAAUGGAAUGGUCAAUGUAUGAUCAGGAUUAUAAGGAGAAAUAUGGUGUUGUUUUUCAACCCAUGAUUAAGCUUAAAGAAUCAUUAAAGGACAGCUAUUUAAAUGAAAAUCGACGGGCACCGAUAAAUAUCACACCCUAUAUGCGUAUCAACACCGUGCGCUGUAAUCUAAAUAAAGGCGGUAAAAACUUGGUUGCCGUGGGCUAUGAAAAUGGAUUUUUGCGGAUUAUAAAUUUCGACAAGGAUUCACAGUUUCGGGAUUGGUAA